CGAUCCAAACAUAACAUAGUGUAAGUAAAAUCUAGCCGCCACAAUUCCUUUUAUCUCUGAAGAACAACGGACAAACCCCAUCUCUCACUCUCAGUAUUUCACACACCAUACUCAUAGACUCGCCUCACCAUCUGCAGUUUCGUUAUUGAGAUUUGAAAUCGAGGGUAGCUAAGAAACACAAGAGCAGCAGUUGAAAAUACUCCAAAUGCCUAAAAAUGCUAGUUUAGAUCUGUAGCUUCAAAGAGCUAUUUGGUUUUCUGUUGAUUUGUUGGUUAAACUCUCAAAUUGCUGCCGAGUGCUGCUGAUUCACUUCAUUGUUGAGCUCCGAAAGUAAAUCCCGAUCAUUUGUCUGCAUCCUAGAUUUAGCAUUCUUUUUGUUCCGUCAACAUACACUUCAAGUGUCUGGAGCUGUAUUACUCUACAAACAAGACUAUAGUGAGACUUGACUAUGUUUCUGACAAGCAAUGUCCACACACGCUCUUCUGCAUGUGAGUGCGUUUUCUCUAUCCCAAGUGACCUCCCAACGUCUCUUUUCCGUGGAGUAUGCUGUAAAGUUGUUGAAAAAGUUAGCUGAUGAUGGGAACUUCAAGUUGGGAAAAGUUGUUCAUGCACUUCUUGUUGUUUCUAGUCAUGCCUCAGAAGACCACAUAAUUCAGAAUAAUUGUCUCAUUAAUCUCUACUCGAGGUGUGGACAACUUGCUGUUGCUCGGCGGGUGUUUGACAGAUUGAGUCAACGAAAUGUAGUUUCUUGGAGCAUUUUAAUGGCGGGGUAUUUGCACAAUGGUUAUGCUUGGGAAGUAACCAAUUUGUUCAAAGACAUGAUUUCAGUGGAUAAAAUAUUCCCAAAUGAGUAUGUCUUGUCUACCGUACUUUCGUCUUGUUCCAGCGGUCGUUUGCUACACGAAGGGCAGCAGUGUCAUGCGUUAGUGUUAAAAUCAGGAUUGGUGUUUCACCAGUAUGUGAAGAAUGCUCUUUUAUCCUUGUAUACAAUGUCUUCAGAUAUGGAAGGGGUUCUGGAAACCUUGAAGUCUGUUCCUGGAUUAGACAUGAUUACUUAUAAUUCUGUACUGAAGGGGUUCUUGGAUCAUGGGUAUACAAGUGAAGCAUUGGAUGUUUUCUCAAGGAUGUUGGCUGACGGCUCGGCGGGGGAUAGUGUCAGUUACGUGAACAUAUUUGGUCUUUGUGCUCGCCUCAAGGAUUUGAAGUUGGGUAAACAAGUUCACUGCAGAAUGCUGAAGUCUGGUCUUCAGCUUGAUGUGUUUCUAAGCAGUGCAAUCAUGGACAUGUAUGGAAAGUGUGGUGAAAUUUCAGGUGCAAGAUAUAUUUUUGAUUCGUAUCCUAACCAUAAUGUGGUGUCUUGGACGGCAAUCUUGGCUGCAAAUUUCCAAAAUGAAUGCUUUGAGGAAGCCCUGAAACUGUUCUUACGAAUGGAAUUUCAGGAUGUUGUGCCAAAUGAAUACACAUUCGCAGUGUUGUUGAAUUCCUGUGCGGGUCUAUCAGCACUUGGUUGCGGGAAAACGUUACAUGCACGUGUUGAGAAGACAGGACAUGGAGCUUUUGUUGUAGUUGGGAAUGCUUUGAUCAAUAUGUAUUUUAGGAGUGGCCAUAUCGAAGCAGCUAGGGCCUUGUUUUCAAACAUGAUAUCUCGAGAUACUGUUACUUGGAAUAUGACAAUAUCAGGUUUCUCUCAUCAUGGGCUUGGUGAGGAAGCAUUGUUUGUGUUUCAGCACAUGUUAGCUGCCGAAGAGAAACCAAACUAUGUAACCUUUGUGGGGGUUCUUUUGGCUUGUGGACAUUUGGGUAGAAUAGAAGAAGGAUUUUACUACUUGCAGCAUCUAAUGAGGGACAUCGGCCUUGAACCUGGGUUAGAGCACUAUACCUGUGUUGUUGGGCUCCUAGGUAAAGCUGGAAAACUUGAUGAGGCUGAGAAUUUCAUGAGGUCGACGCCAAUCACAUGGGAUGUCGUUGCCUGGCGUACGUUGCUUAAUGCUUGUAACGUCCACCGCAAUUAUGAUUUAGGAAAGAGAGUAGCAGAGCAUUUGUUGCAAUUGAAUCCCAACGAUGUGGGAACCUAUAUCCUGUUGUCCAAUAUGCAUGCCAAGGUGAAAAGGUGGGAUGGAGUAGCAAAGAUACGGAAGCUAUUAAGAGAAAGGAACAUAAAGAAAGAACCUGGGUUGAGCUGGACUGAAAUAAGAAAUGAAACUCAUGUGUUUGUUUCUGAUGACACUCAACACCCAGAGACGGCUCAAAUUCAUGAGAAGGUGAGAAAAUUGUUGGCUGAUAUAAAACCGUUGGGUUAUGUUCCAGACACAGCUUCUGUCUUGCAUGAUGUCGAGCAAGAACAACAAGAAGAUUAUCUUAGUUACCACAGCGAAAAGCUGGCUGUAGCAUAUGCUCUCAUGAAAACACCAUCCCAAGCGCCAAUUCAUGUUAUUAAGAAUCUCAGAAUAUGUGAUGAUUGCCAUUCUGCUUUGAAGCUUAUCUCAAAGGUCGCAAUGAGAAUGAUAGUUGUAAGAGAUGUCAAUCGGUUCCACACCUUUCAAGAUGGGUCCUGUUCCUGUGCAAAUUACUGGUGAGAAAUCACAAGAUUGACAUAUAGUGUCUUACAAGGUGUCAAAAGGAGAAUUUUGCAUGCUGCUAUGUGUGAUUGGUAAAGAAGCUCACAUAAUCGUAUUCUCAGCCAACCAGAGUUUUUGGGGUGUAAGCACUUAAAGAACAAUUAAUGUGUCGCAUGCGUGCUCCCUAUGUGCACCUCUAGUAAACAUGAACGGAAAUAAAAAUGCGAUCAUUCAGUCUCUGUUUCUGAGGGAGUAUUAUAAAUUGCGUGAAGGUUCCUGAACGAGCUGCAGCCGCUGCUGCACUGCACGUGUUCUAGCUGGACUACCACCCCAUCAGAGACAUGCUCUGUCAUCAAGCUCAGAGGAAUUGAGCUCUAUAUAUGGGAGCAAACAGCCUGGUCAAGUUGUCGAGGAGCUGGAGGAAGAAUUCUAUUAAGAGGAAUUUGAUCCUGUCGGACAUAUUCUGGAGCAUAUUCCUUCUGAAGAUGGUGAACUAGCUUACUUGGAAGAACAGGUACUUGCAAUUCUUUCUUAUGGGUGCUGAGGGAGAAUUCUUUAUUUGAUUUGCCAUAUGCUUGUCAUUGUACAAGUUUAAUUGUUGUUUGUUAUGUUUAACUGUAUAUCAAUUAGCAAGAGAGUAUUUUUUUUAAGAUAGAAGAAUUGUUAUCCGCUUUAUGGUUUAUGAAGAAUCUGAAAGUUAUUACUUCCGCUGCAAAUAUGUACCCAAUAUCUGCAUCAGAUUACUUUGUUGGCAAAGAAACAGUCACCUUUAAUUGUUGGGUGAUAAAAAGAAGGCGGUGCUUGAUCUAUGUUGGGUUCAAUAGGCUCAUGGCAAUACGCACUAGUUUUAGAUCCAGUGAUCCAGCCAAUUAUGCCUUGGGUAAUGAUACAUUCAAGUGACAGAUCCACAAAAUAUAGGCAUAACCGUCCUCAUGCCCCUCAAAGUUCUGGUUCAACGGCGAAGGGGAUACAUCGUGGGAUGGGUGGUAGUCGCACGUCAUGAGUUUGAAUCCUGGAUGGGGACCAAGUCUAGUAUUUAAGUGGAGAACGGUAGAGGGGGCCAUUAUCCCCCGAAAUUUGAAGCUGGAAAACGAUUUUCUUGGUAAAAAAAAAAGAAAAAUCAUCGUCAUUUGGAUGUUAAAAUGUCCCAUUGAGUUGUUUAGACAUUUCCUUUUGCAAGUGGAUUGUGGCAGAGAUCAUUUGGGUUAUUUGGCAAUUUUGUGGGGAUUCCAUAUUCAGUCAGUUAAUGUUUAACGGACAAAAUGGUGGCACAAUGAAUGGUAAACUUCUCUUGCAAGGUGUUUUAUUGACUAUUCUAUGGCGCAUUUGGAUUUUAGACAGAGUGUAAGCCCAGAACUCUCCCUUUUUUUAAGAUAAGGAGUGUAAGCUCAGAUUUCUUCUCGAGUGGUCUCUUUCACAGCAAGAUGCUUGGGUACAGCAGUCUUCCUCCAUUCUUUGUGUGUAAAACAAUUUACCACUUGCAUAAUGUUUCUCUUACAAUCUUCCACAAGAUUUAGGAAACUUUGUUAUUCGACGUAGAUUGAUCAUUGACGACAUGUACUCAUCUUUUAUUCCUUUCAUAUCAAUUUGAGUUGUUUUUUCUUAUUAAAGAAAGAAGAAUAACGGUCAAAGGGACAUGGCUCUAAACUGUCCACUCUCUUGACCAGUGUUUUUGAGAGCGCGAAGCGCAAAAAAGCGACAAGGGCAGCGAAGCGCAAAGCGAAGCGCA